AUGCAUUCCACCCUCAACCGCGCCCAAGGCGUCUUCGGCUUCUUCACGACAGUCGCUCUCUUCGUCGCCGGUCUCGCGGCUCUCAGCGUGUUUCUCUAUCCUACUGACGAUGUGACAUCCAGUGUGAAGUUGCGCGAUGUGAAAGUAACAAAAGGCCGUCCCCACUACUACAGCACGCGAAAGGAAGAAUACGCCGCCAUGAAAUUCGACCUAGACGCUGACUUAACCCCCCUCUUCAACUGGAACACCAAACAACUCUUCGUCUACGUCUACGCCACCUACCCUUCCGACCCCUCGAAUCCAACCACCUCCGCGCCCUCCCACUCCGUCAUCUGGGACACUAUCAUCCCCGCCCCGGAGUCGCCUUACUCCUUUAAUGCCCUGCGCGAGAAGUUCUUCCCUUCUGCAUCAUCUGCGAACAAGAAGCGCAGCACGAAGAAGACGUCCACUACUAGCAAAACUGCCAAGAAGGCAUCUGAGCCCGGGAAGCUGAGACUCCGCGACCAGAGAGCCAAGUACUCUAUCGGAGAUGUUUCGGGGAAGAUGGCCGAACGGGAGAAUGUCACUCUCUCUGUGGGGUGGAAUGUGCAGCCGUGGGUUGGGGCGCUGUGGUGGGCUCCGGAGACUGGGGGUGCGAUGAGGACGAAGGGCGAUGUCGGGACGAGUAAGGCUUUUGGGCUGCCGGCGCUGAAGGGCAGGAAUGUUGGGACUGCUUCUGCUGCUGGUGCUGGUGCCGGGGCGGCGUAG